UUCAAAUUUAAUUGAUUUCGAUUUUGAAUUAGACUGGUCUUAUGCCAGUUCUAAACUGAACCCAAAUCACCACCUCUAGGUAACUGCGAACCCAGCCCGCCAAAGCAGGUUUAUUAUUUCCAUUUCAGAAACCAAAAUGUUUCACCUAUCAACUGUAGCAUACGCAAGACAGGACCAUGGAGCCCAAUUUUGAAAUUCUUUGCUACUCAGAAUAGGUUGUCAAUAAGGAUAUGUAUGGCUUCUUGUAGCAACUUUUUGUUUCUGUGCAUUAUUGAACCAAAGCUUAACUUAGUGAGAGAAAUGGCUGUUUUGCAUCAAAGAAAUAAUUUGCAAUAUAUAAUAUAACAAUAAUUUUUAUAAUAAUUACUGGCCUUUUUUUAUUAUUCAUUAUUAAUUUAUUACAAUAAUUGCUGUUUUAUAUAUAGUAGUCAAAAUUCCUUCAAAAUUGUCAUAGUCAGCAUCAUCUUCUUUCUUUGAUCAUUUUGUUCUAUCUGUGCAUCAAGGGGAAUUUAUUAUUCUCUUUUUAGAAGUAUAAUCUCAGUUAGUAAUUUCAACCAAUAGAUGCGAAAGCCAAAAUGUGAAACAAUGAAUUGUUUACUUCUCUGCAAAUCAAGGUAAAUUGAAAGACAUAGAAGAAUGUUUAAUCCACUUCAAUGCAGUUUAAACAAGGAAAAGGAGAACAAAUGCCAUAAAAAUAACAAUACAAGCAACAUAAUUUUAUAUUUUUAAAUUUUGAGUUGUAUGCAUAUGAGCAUGUAGGCAGGCUUGUCUGUGUUAAAUUGAUUUGAUAAGUUCACAGAAAUAUGCAGUAGCAAAAGAGAAGUUCUUUUAUCUCAGGAUUUAAGCUUUUUGAAUCUCUAAGAUAAAAUUGCACUUAGUCCAUUUAGUCCCUCAUCCUAUUUUGUACAAUUCUUUGAAUUUAUUCAUGAAAAAGAGAGAGAAUAUUGAAUAUCCUUCAGCAAAAGAGUUUGAGCUUGGCAUAGAGCUCUAGCAAAUGAGUUUUCUUCAUAGGAUCUGGAAAGAAUUUGGACUGUGGUGAUUUUGAAGAUGAUCUUUGGCUGUCAAUGUGAAAACUUCAAAUCUUAGACCAUGAUGAUGACCAUGGCGUGCUGUAAAUUCUAUUUGCUGGAUCAAGAAAUGAGUUUGUUAUCCAUUUUACAAUGUUUUGCAUAUUUUGGAAAUCAUUUACAUUUAAGAAUGAACAUCUAGUUAAUGUUCAUUAACAAAAAAGUCACUGAAAAUAAGAAUUGAGUUGACAAUUAACUUUUCUUCUUCCAUACUAGGAAGUGAGUGAACUAUUCAGAAGCAAAAAAGAACAGUUCACUGAAGUUGAACUAAAACAUGGGUAUAAACAUAUCAAGUAAUUGAUAUGAAUAUUAUUGUUUUUUUCCCCUUAAUAUGUAAAAGUUGAGUUUCAGAAUUCGUCAUGCAGAUCUGUCAUAUUACUAGGAUAUCAGUUGACAGUUUUUAUGUCAGCAGCAACUGUAUCCUUCAUCCAGCAGUUGAGUUUUUUGCAUACUUUCCAUGUAGGACAUAUAACAUAAUCAGGCAGUGAAUUGUAAACUCCCUGGAUUUUGUUUUCCAUUCAUCACGAAAUUAAUUGCAGACUCUCAUAUUUGCCUUCUCCAACUCAGACUCCUCAGAGUUACCAUAACAAGGUCUCAACUCAGACUCCUUCCAUUGUUAAUUUCCGAAUUUUUUUUUUCUCAAUAUUGUAUUAUAAAAGUCAAUGGAGGUGGGGACGAAUUCAGAUUCAAGGGUAAGCACGACGAUGGAAAGUUCAAAUUUGAACAUCAUCAACAUGAAUCAGCAGAGCACUGAGCAUUGUAGCAGCAGAGCUAGAAGUUCCUCUCCAAAAUUCAGAGGAGUAAUUUCGCUUAGGAGUGGCAAGUGGGGUGCACAGAUCGCGUUUAAGUACAAGGCUUACUGGCUUGGAACACAUGACAUGGAGGAAGAGGCAGCAAUGGCUUAUGACAGAGCAGUCAUCAAACUUCAGAGAAGUGAUGCCCCCUUCAACUUCCCUAUGACCAAUUACACAGUUCAAGAGACCAAAUUCCAGCGUCGGUACUCAAAUGAAGAUAUCCUGUAUAUGAUCAAGGAUAAAACAUACCUGUCCAAAUUUACAAAUUACCUUGCAAAUCAAUCUUUGUUGAGGAAAUAUGCAGCAAGUAAUCUAGCAAAUCAGCAAGGUAUCUCAUAUCAAAUGCUUUUCCGAAAGGAAUUGACACAAACUGAUGUUGUUCGCAUGAAGGGCUUUCACAUCCCUAAAGACUAUGCAAUGGAGUACUUUCCCCCACUUGCCGGUGUGAACUCAUCUGGAGGAUAUGAAAAUGGGAAUAAGUCCAUCGAAUUAACCUUCUUCGACAGGCACUGUCAUCCAUGGACUUUUCGGUAUUCUUAUUGAAAAAGUACUCGGACAUUUGUGUUUACAAAAGGCUGGAGAAACUUUCUCAAGAUGAACAACCUGAAACCAAAGGGCUCGGUCUUUUUCUAUAGAUGUGAGCAUCAAAGGGAGAAUCAGGGAAGAUUGUUUUACAUGAUAGAUGCUCAACGCAGUAGUAUGGAAAGUAAUGUUGUUAUUAGGAAUGUAGGCAAGGAAACAGAUGCAAGGAAAAGAGCAAACAAAGAAGUAGAUUCUGAAGACAUAGAAGAAAAGGAGACAGAUAAUGUAGCUAAGCUUUUUGGUUUCCAAAUUAUCAAAAGAAGACCAAAUUAUAAGCUCUUUUUCUGAGAUGUUUUAAUGAAUAAAAACAAUUGCUGUUGUUGU